AUGGAGGGGAAAGCCAAAUCCCCAGGACGUACGUUAUUGACCGCCUUACCCUUCUCGGACGAGAUUAUGGCUUUUAAGAUACCGGGUGAUUUCAAGUUCCCGGAGCAGGCCACGUUCGAUGGAACCGGCGAUCCCCGAGAGCAUUUGCUGAACUAUCAGGCUAAGAUGCAGGUUUUGGGGGUACGAGAUCCGGUCAUGUGCCGCGCUUUCUUACCCACGUUGAAAGGAUCAGCACAAAGGUGGCUAGUGGCGCAGCCCUCGGGGUCGAUUCACAGCUUUGAAGAGCUGGCAGACCGCUUCAUGAGACACUAUGCCGCUAAUAUCAAACCACAAAAGGACCUAACACACUUGGGCGACAUCCAUCAGGAUGAGGGCGAGUCCUUGAAAACUUAUCUGGCCCGCUGGCAGAAAGAAAUCCAGUCCAUAGAGGAGGUUGAGGACCAGACGGCGCUCACCUUCUUCAUCGAGUCCUUGCGGUCCGGCCAGCUAUACCGAGACUUAAGGGACAAUCGCCCGGCUACCUACGCAGAGGCCAUUCAUAUGGCCAACAAGAGGGCCAACACGGAGCAGGCUAUGAAGCAUAAGCGGCAGCGCGAAGUCGGCGGUCCGCCAGCGGGAAGAGGAGGCGAGCUGAAACCAAGGAAAGGCGCCCGGACGUAA